AUGAGCAAACAACUAGUUGGCAAUCUUUCCAGAUCACUUCAGGGUUACAAGGUAUCUACACUUAAUGACAUAGCACUCCAUUGUGGAAGUCCAAUCUUGGGAACUACAAAAGCAACACGAAUCGAAGGCAUCCUUUCUCAGUAUCAAUUAUACUUGACGCAAUGGCACAGCUUGACCCGUCGCAAUACACUCUCAAUAGACAUUGGCGUUAAAAACUUUUCCUACUGCAAAACAUCGACAAAAGCAACUGAAUCUGAACAGCUAAACAUUUCCAAUUGGCCACUACUAGUUACGCAUUGGGAGAAAAUAAACCUAGACACGCAGUAUGGCUCAUCUUACAAACCAUUACUUCAUCAAGACACAGUACUAGAUACAAAACGGUACUUGAACCACAUAACCAACAACUUGAUCACCGACCGCUUGACGCCAGAAUCAUCCAAUGUCAAAAUCAUGGAGAUCCAACGUACGCGAUCAAACAACAAUGCCAAAACAUUGCCCACAAUCAUGACUAACCAUACUUUGGAAAAUUUGUUAUUGGCAAAAAUGUACCCCGAUUUAGUCAUUCCCAUGACAUCGAUGAAGUUGAUACAUUUCUGGCUUUAUCGAUUCAUCACCAAAGAACUGACAGUAAAGUUGAAAAGGACAAACAAGAUUAUACGACGUGAUUUAAUACUUGCUUGGUUUGGUAAACUAUACCAAUUACAAGAGCAGAAACAACACUCUGUUGAUAAAAGUGGUGGACUAACAGUGAGUCUAUUACUUGAAUAUUUGGGGUUACCACAGGGGGAGAAAACCGAUGAUUUGAUCGAUUCAUUACUUUAUAACCUUUGCAUUAAUUGUCAGUUGAACCAUUUGGCACACUUUCACAAAUAUGUGGAGAAUGAGAACAACGAUGGAAACUUGAUUGACUUUAUUGAAGAUGCAAAUCAGUUUCAUUUGGGUUUAAUUGAACCUGUUGUUGAUAAAUACAAUCUCGACUUGAAAUAA